UUUUAUCCCGCAUCGUCUAUUCUUCUACCUAGUUAUUUUCCCGAUCCGUAGCAUCUCAGAUCAUGGAGGAACUAUUUGGUAGCUCCUGAGGUCACCCUCCGGUUGAGCUCAUCUCAUGCUUCAAGUAUUCUUCUUGGAGUUGAACUCUACUUCUUUGUUCAGGUACUGAUGAAAUCAAGAGCUUUUCAACAAAUCUGCUGGAAUUUCCAAAUCGUUGCUAUGUGCUGCGUUUGGAAUAGCGGGCGGUAUGGAGGCAAAGAGAGUGGCGGAGAUCAGCUGACCGGCUUGAUGAAGAGGCGUCUUUUGGAAGGUGAGGAAUUUAGCCGUUAUGCUGCUAGGAUUGCAGUCUCCAAGAUUUGCCAGUCAACUGGAUUCCACAGUUCACAGCAAUCUGCAAGCUCCGCCUUUGCAGAUAUUACUAUCAGAUACAUCUGCAGGCUCGGCAAAACUGCAAUUUUUUAUGCCAAUUUGUCCGGCAGAACGAGUUGCAGCGUUUUUGAUGUAAUCUUGGGAUUGGAAGAUUUUGGUUUAUUGAGGGGUUACCCUGGUGCAUCUGAUGUUCAUAGAUGCCUGCUGAGUUCAGGUAUUAUUCGAGAGCUCAUGCAGUUUGUAAACACAGAAGUAGAUGCCUCUGUUCGUCGGCCUAUUAUGAAGUUCCCUAUUCCUAGAAUGCCAAAGCCUAAUCCUAGUUUUGCUCAAGUUAGGGAGGUGCCUGCUGGAAACCACAUUCCUGAUUGGCUUCCAAGGUUCCCUGAUCCUAACACCUACAGGCCCACACAGGUAUGGAAAAAGAGGGAUACUGAUGCUAAGGAAGAGAAGGUCGAAAAGACCAGGCAGCGGAGAAAGGCUGAGAGGUCUUUACUGAGUAUACAAAGCAAGCUUGGUUUCAAUGCUCCAGCUGAGAUUCAGCUGACUUUUGAUGGAGAUGUUGAGAAAGGUAGCAAGUUGGUAGCUAGCAAUCCAUUUCUGGCCCUACCUUUGUCAUGUAAUGACAAAGAGAUAUCUGAGGUUGUGAUUCCACGAGAACUAGAGCCUGGCAAGAGCUCUGCAUUACUUGAAACUUUUGCCCCUGCAUCAGAGGCAUCCAAGGUCGAAUCUCUUGACUUGGAUUCUAAUGAUAAAAUUGCUCUUCCUCAAAGAAGGACUACAAUUCAAUUCAAGAUUAGAGUUGGUAAGAAAUUCACAGAAAUAUCACCCUCUUCUCAUAUAUUGGAUGCUAGAAAGAAUUCAUGGUUUUUAAUGGAUGAUGAGAAGGAUGACAAAAAGAAGAGAGCAGAGAUUAUAACCUAAGGAAGUGGAUAAGCCUCAUGAUCUUUUCCAGCUGUAACUACAAAAUGCUUGCUUUUUCAAUUGGGUAGAAUAUAUGCCUUUUUCUUCCCUUCGGGACUUAACUACUUGAGAAACACCAGCCACACAACUCAUCACACAACCCCAUCAAAGAAACCAAUGUGACAACACCCAAAACAGGCGAGGGGGAGCACGAAUUUGCCCACAGCUUGCCUGCUGAAACCGUUGAUGAUACCGCCUCAUCUGGAUGCGAAGCUAACCACUACCAGCCUUUGUUUGUAGUCAUUUUGCCUGAGUACUCCAGCAACUAUCUCCAUAGCUUUGCUGAUUUAAGGCUCAAGGAAUAUUUGGUUGCACGCUCCAUUCACAAGAAAAGUUCUGUUUCUCUUGCUUGUGAAUAUCAUGGUUUCAUUUCAUUAUUGUUGUGUCUAAUUAUAGUAUGUUUAUGAGAGUUCCUCUACUUCAUAAAACAAGCUAGACAGAGUAUCUAUUUUUAUUUAUUUAUUUAUUUAUUUAUUUUAUUAUUAUUAUUAUUAUUAGGGUGGGGGUACAGGUAUUAGUAUUAAUAGCAGCACUGUUGCAACGGCUCUAAUCUCACAUUAAUAUUUUAGGUUUACUGCUGUGUCCAAAGUUCUCUACAUGCUUAAGGAAUACCAUUAUUCUACUUUUCCUAAUUUCUACACUUUCUAAUGAAAGGCCAUUUGUUAUACACACUGAUAGAAUUUCAAAAGGUCUAAACUGAUAGAAUUUCACCCCAAAAUCAUUGUGGUAAAUGUGAACAUCUGCUUCAAAACUCAAAAAAGAAUAGCAUAAAGGUGUAUGACACCUUUUGUAAACCAAUAAACCAAAGUAUGAAGUUUUCAACUUCGAGACACCUUAAGAAAAAAAAAGAUUCUCAGUUAGUUGUACUUGUAUAUCUAUUUUCUUAUUGGUUUAACAGUUGGCCCAGCUAUGUAGUCUCAUCUGUGCUUACUGAUCUACAAGCACAUAAAAAUGCCUAGUCUAUUCAUUCGUAGGAUAAUAACACAAUGUAAAUCGUGU